AUGCGUGGUUUUCUCUCAACUACACCGGAUCGAGAUGUGGCCGAAACUUUCGCGCAAUGCUUACCUGAGAAUUUAGCCGUCUUAUUUGAAAUUACAGUUGAUUUAUAUCAAGUACCGUCAGUGGUUCUCGCUGAUAUAUCAAAGUUUAGUGCAAUUUUAGCUGAGAAAGAAGUUCUGUUCGGAUUAAAUGCAACCUUUGAAAUUGAUGAGCAGUUUCAGGGCAGCUGUGGUCGAUGGAUCAUACGAAUGCAUGCAACGAAUUGUGGACAGGAAAUCGCCAAUAACUAUAUACGGGAUCAUCGGUUAGCAAUAUCAAACUGUUCUUCAUCAACUUCAAUCUCGAUCAAUUUCACGCUGGCUCAACUUCUCAUAGAAAUGGGUCAGUAUGAGACAGCAAUCAAAUUCUUAGAAAAGAUUUUUCCGACUAAAGAUGAUGAACGAGCAAAUCUGUAUUUUAUUUUGGCCGAUGCAAACAUAUCAUCGUACCGUUCAGUAGACCAUGCAUUGGAUGAGGGAAUGCGAUUAUUGAAGGAUUCAGAAGAGCUAUUUAUCUCACUGGACAAUAAACUUGGUAUUGCUAAUACUCUUAGACGUCGUGGUGAUGCACUAGUUCUAAAUAAACAGUACGAUGAAGCUAUUCACAUUUAUCGACAAGCAAUAAAACAGUACAGACAAAUAACUGACCAACAAGAAAAUAUUGCCAGUUGUCACAAUGGUUUGGCUGAUGCAUAUUUAGGACAACGAAACUAUGCGCAAGCAAAAUUUUAUUAUUCGAAAGCAUUGAAGUGUCGACAGGCUCAUCUGCCAGUUGAACAUCCGGCGAUCGCACGAAGUUACUUUAGUUUAGGACGUUAUUAUUAUUAUAAAGGGAAUAAUAAUGAAAAUGCACUGCUCUAUUUAAAGAAAGCAUUGGAACAAAAAAAGAAGAUUUAUCCGCCAGAUCAUCCAUCGAUUCAAUGUAAUGAACAACUUCUAAAACAAGUCGUAGCAGCUACUGCACGAUAG